AUGGCCCGUAGAGGUCGAAAAUGUAAGCGCGCUGCAAAUGGAUUGAGAGAUGAACCAAUUGAGCAACCUCCCUCAUGUCAUGAAACAAGGCAGCAGCCUCCACUUGGAACAAGCCAUGAAAAUGUAAUUGAACAAGUGCAAGGAGAAGCUGCUCGGGCACCUCAAUCUGCAAUUCAGAAUUCUACAUUGGGAAUAAUGCAUGAAUCAGGUGACCAAGUUACUCAACAAGCUGAUGGAGGUUCGCAGUCGCAUGAGCAGUGCCAGAACUCUCCAAUUCAACAAUCUCCACUUGGAACAAGGCAUGAAGCAACUGAAGAAAGUCCAAAUCAGGAUUCUCGAGGUCCACAUUCCAGUGACACCACCUUCAUGUCAUGCAACUUGGACAAUGCAGUACAUCAGAAAACCCGCGGCCCUACAUUUAUGAAAGAAAUUUGGGGUCGGCCUAAGGAACUUCCACGGAUUGAGAUUAAACUCGAUGAUAAUGGGAUCCCAAUAAGUGAGAAAACCUCUUUCUCUGAAUUCUUGGGCAGUUUGGCUAGGAAUGGUAUGUAUUGUCCAAUAGAUGUUGAAACAUGGCUUAAGAUGCCAAGGAAACUUAAAAUGGACAUGUUAGAAGUAAUAAAGGAAAGGUUUGCUUUGCCUAUGGGACUGGAAGCUUGGACCUUAAGAUCUAUUGGCAAAAAAUGGAGAAGCUGGAAGGCAGAUUUAAAGGCUAACUAUUUUGAUCCUGCCGUGCCAAAUGCUGAAGCUUGGUUUCAAAAGGACAUAAGGGUACGGGAAGAGCAAUGGAUCAAACUUUGGGAUUAUUGGAAAAGUGAAGAAGCAAAGGCCAAACAGUUAGGAAGACCUCCUACUAGAGUAGAAAUGUUCAAUAAGUUUUAUAGCCAUGUUGAUGGAACUCCAUCAAGUACCAUAGUUGCUGAGAAUUUGCUGGUUGGGCAAGACAAACAUGGUCAUGUUCGCUUGUUUAGUGAUGGUGUGAAUCCAACGGACUUAUGGGAAGACAUUCCUAGUCGUAACACAUGCUACCGUAUAAGUGUUCAACAACAGUCAACAUUGGUCUGUUUGGAGGAAAGGCUUCAGCGACAAGAUGAUGAAAUAGCCAGCUUGAAGAAAAUGGUUUUAGUUCAACAUGGAAGGGGCUCUCCAAUUGACAGCCCGAGACAUCCUUCAUCAUCAUCUAACAAUGUGUCGAGCCAUGCUCCAUCGCGAGCCACGCGACCUAUUCGAGUAAAUAUUUACAACUUCUAA